UCCAGCUCCAACGGACAGAAGAAGCUGGCUUGAGUGUCAAGCGAGCUACUGGAUUUUUGUAGUCAGCAAUACUGGCAUCUUAAAUCACUCCAGUUUUGAGCAAGUGUCAGGAUUUCCUUAUUAGGAAAAAUGUCCUCGGAAUAACAUGACAUUGUAACAUAUUUUUUGGUCCGUUGAUUUUGUAGAAGCAUUGUCUUUUCCGAUAUACACUGUUGAAAAACCCCCAGGUCUGUGCAUGUUCUGUUUGAAGUUUUGUUUUUGCUCUCUCGCAUCUCGAAAGACGGACAUCUUUAUGAUUCCACAACAGGUCCAAUUCAUGAUGAGCCUGAACCGGAAGCGUAGAUUAAGGCCUCCAAAAGUAAGUCUCUCGUGGUCCAAAGUCAAGAGGAAAAAGGAGACUGAGUCUGAAUUAUGUCUGACCCACACUGCACAACUUACUACAGAAAAGGGUAAAAACACCUCACUCAGCAGUGAGAGAAACCAAGGAUUUUUUGCAGAUUCCUCAUCAUCAAAAAGAUGUUUGACAUCAGUACAAUGUCUGAAUCAGACACUCAACCAGGAGCUCAUGACUACAGCUGGAUCUUCACAACAUAAUGGCAGGGGUCCUGAGCAGACAUCCAGCCCUUCACAUCCUCAAACACUGAUUGAGGAAGACAAUGACAUGGAUUUGGUCAUUACUUUAGAUGAUGAUCAGCGAAAGGCCCAGCGAGCAGCCAGGAAGAAGGGUGGGACCAAGAAAAAGCUGGAUGUAGAUGUUUCUGAGGGCAGCGAGGCUAAGUGUGGAUCAGAUGACGAGGAUGCUAUUGAAGUGGAAAUUGACAGAGAGCUAGACAGAGAGCUGGAAACCAAGUCCCGGCAGCAUAAUCUGACCACAGUAAACGUGCGCAACAUCAUUCAUGAAGUUAUUACCAAUGAGCAUGUGGUAGCCAUGAUGAAAGCUGCCAUCACAGACACGGAACCCAUAGCCAUAUUCGAGCCCAAAAUGACCCGCUCCAAACUGAAGGAAGUGGUGGAAAAAGGCGUGGUUAUUCCUGCAUGGAAUAUGUCUCCUAUCAAGAAGCCCAGUAAAGCAAAGCCCCCCCAGUUUGUUGACAUUCCUCUGGAGGAGGAGGACUCUUCUGAUGAAGAAUAUUGCCCCUAUGAUGAUGAAGAAGAUGAGACUGCAGAGGAGACUUUCCUGGAAAGCGAUAUGGAGAGCACUGCCUCAUCCCCUCGAGGCAGCCGAGUAGGCCCUCCCCGGAUCCCCACAGGGCGCGAUGAAGACAGGAACCACAGUCCCAUGCAGAAGAAAGCGUCUGAAUCAAGACACCUUCAGGUGGAGGUUGUGCCAAUGGGGCCUCCACCACCCCCACAGCCAGUGGGACCUCCACGAUGCCCCAGGACCCCACCUGAAUGCAGCUUCAUGGAGAAGCUCCAUGCUGUAGAGGAAGAGCUAGCCACCAGCCCCAUAUGUAUGGACCCCUACCAGAAUUUGAGUGGUGGUGGUGAUGAGAGCAGCCUGAUGGCCUGCCGCACGCGCUCAAAACGUCCGCUACGGGAUGUCCCACUGGGACAGCUGGAGGCAGAACUCCGUGCCCCUGACAUCACCCCUGAUAUGUAUGAAUGUGUGUCUGCCCCAGAGGACAAAGAGUGGGCUCAGUGGCUGCAGGGCCUCAUGGCCUCUGAUGUGGAGAAUGAAGAGGAUGGGGAUGACGAUGAUGACCCAGAAUACAACAUCCUGGAGGAUAUAGAUGAGCCAGACUUGGAGGACUACCGCAAUGACCGGGCUGUUCGCAUUAGCAAAAAGGAAGUGAAUGAGUUAAUGGAAGAGUUGUUUGAAACGUUCCAGGAUGACUUUGGGGUUCAGGAACAAGAAGAAGAAGCUGCAGAAGAAGAUGAGGAGAAACAGGAGGAACUACCUGCAGAGCCUCCUAAAUUCAACAACCCACAAACAACUGGGUUUGAGGAACCUCUGCCAAACAUGCUGAUGAAGCACCGUCGUACAGUGAGGGAGCAGCUGGCAGCCUUGCGGCAAUACCAGGCUCUUGUGGGAAGCAAGACCAUGGUUCCAGCAGCGCAGUGUCCGAGUCCACCCUGUACCCUUACCGUCACUCCUCUUCAGAAACAGCAGCUGCAGCAGCAGAUACAGCAGCACAUCCAGCUGCUAACCCAGGUGCACAUGCUGAGCUACUCAGUGGAAGCCUUGCAGAAUGAAGCUGAUCUCACCCAGCAAUUUCUGACAGAGCUACAGGUAUUUGCCCAACGGGGGGAGCAGACUCGACGCACCACGGAGCCUGGCUUCGUUAGUAUAUUUAGAGCCUGUAAUCUGCAGGGAGCGAUGUCUCUAUUGGAUGAGCUGAGAGCACCUUCAUCCCGCCACAAUGCUGCUGUUCCUGAGCCUGCACGACCGGUGUCUGCACGUUCAUACCCAUUGCUGCCCCCUGGACUGGCCUGGAUGUUGGCCACUCGUCCUGUCUUCCUGUACCCCGAACUUCUGCCCUGCUGCAGCCUGGACCCUUCUCUGCACCCACCACAUGUCAGCACUAUCUACACCCAAGGAGAGAACAGCCUUCUUGUGCUAGGCCUGAGAAACUUCAGUGAGACUGUGCACCCUUACCAACUGAUAUCCCAGUACCUGGUCUGCACCAAAAGCCCUAAACAGCUCCGCAGGCAUGUUCAAGACAUGUGCCAGCGCCGGACAGAGGCCAACAGCAUCAAGUUCUACUGCCAGCACAGACUGGUCCCCUCCAUGCCCCUAGUCUGCAGCAGAGUGAUGCCAGAACAACAGUGUCCCCCAGUGGAGAGAGAGGAGACCAUCAUGCCCUCAUGGCUACGGAAAAGCUUGCCGUUUAUCCAUGAGGAAGUCCAGAAGUAUAACAGCGUGUCAUGCGAGACAGCUGCUCCUCCAGCAAGUCGAUCUGUACCCUCCUAUACCUUUUCCCAUGGAACACGUUAUCCUCCCUCCCUCCCUCAAACUCUAACCCUCCGUGCUGCUGGCUUCAGACACUUGCGUCCACUCUCCAUAUCUGUGCCAUCCUCUCAGGCUGUCAGUAAUGCACCUCCCUUGUGCCAUCCAACAGCUGUACGUUUGGCGCAGGAACCUCAAGUCUCCAUUACUUCUGCCUCCACUGGUCUGGGAGGACAAGUCGCACAGGAACACACAGCGGAACAAACUCCGCUGAUUCCCACCCGAAAGCUGUGCCGCAUCCAACCUGCACCACCAAAGCCAUCUUCAGUGGGCCUCCAGCUCCUCAGUGUAGCACCUGGUGGGGUCAUGAACACGUUAACUUUGGGUGAUGGAGCAGCAGCGGGGAGAGUUUCCGUGGACAGGGGAGAGGCGAGAAAACAAGUGGAUUCUGUUGGGGAGUGUAGCCUUGUCCCACCAGUUGUCGUCAUCAGUCUAGUUCCACCAUUGUCUACUUCUGUCAUGUGUCCUACUCCUGUUGCCAGCGGAAUCACUAGGAUUCCUGUUGAGUCUACACCUUUGGCCUGGGGAUCCCUGGCAUGCUCCACAGAUGUCCUGGCCAAGACUCAUAAGCUGGCAAGACCACUGAUGCCAGUACCUAGUGAAGGUCCUUCCCCAAAUGUUCAUGGUCCUGAUGUAAUCAGUUCCACAAAGUGUGUAUUGCUCUCUCAUACACAGCUUGCUCCCAAACCCACCGUCACCAGGAAUAACGAGGUUCAGAUCUUGGAUGCGUCUGUGCCGAAGAGGAAAAGCGAGGAGGAUCAUACCUUCCCUAACAACAACAGCAUGCUGCCCAUUCCCUCCAGGCCAAAUCACCCUGGAACAGGAGAGACCACCCCAGAGGACAGGGCAGAUUCUAGAGGGCUGCCAUCCACAAACCCCAGUGUAAACUAUGACAGAGGGCUAUGGGAGGAGGAGGAGGAGCAGCAAGAGGAAGAAGAAAAGGACAUUUGUCGAGAGGAAGAAGAGGAAUAUCGUGAUUAUGGGGAGCCUCUUCUUGCUCUGUCUGAGUCUUCAGCAAGCCCUCCUUCCAGUUUAGAAAGCUGCACCGAUUCCCUGGAGGCAGUGAUUGACAAGCAGGAAGAAACAGAUGGGCAGAGGAAAGGACAGCAAGGGAGAGCAGUGGGGAUGGAAGGCAAUGCAGUGCUGUCUGUUUCAACCUGCAGGACAAAAGUAAGCACUGGGGGGAAAGUACAGGGACAGGUAGGAAGCAAAGGUCAAGAUGAUGGGGGCCAGGUAAGAGAGACAGAACACUACACACACACUGGGGGAGACAAAGGACAGCAGUCAGAUGGACAAGAGGAUUUUUACCAACUCAUUCCAGAAUGUGAUGAAGAAGAGGUGAUGUCCUCAUCCUCAGAGAAGUCUGUUCUAUCUGUGCCCGAGUUACAGGAGACUAUGGAGAAGCUGAGCUGGCUGGCCUCAGAGGGGAGGCUGUAUGAAGAAGGAGAUGCUGAGAAUGAUGAGGGUACCAGUUGUUACAGUUCCACGAGGACACCCAGUGUAUUCUUCACCCCUGUGUCCCAGAACUCCCAGGUGGAGGAAAAGGGCAUAUAUGAGGAUGAGGAACUUGUUCUUGAAGAAGGAAAAAAGUCCCAUUUAGCUGGGAAAAGCACAGUUCACAUGUUGCACUGCAACCCCAUGAGGGAGAAGAAGGAUGUUGCCUCUGCUCAGUCCUCAAGGAAAACGAAGAGCUGUUAUGUUGUACAUCACACAUCUAGCAUCCCCCCUACUGUUGCCCAAGCAGAAGAAAGAGAGGAUGAACAACAAGAGGUUACAGAGGGCAGGGAACUGAGAGAGCAAGAGAAAUCCAUGACGCAGCAUGGUGGGAAUGGUCCCCAGUGGGGCUCCUGCCUCCAGGCUGAAGAACUGGAGGACAAGCAGAGGAAAGAGCAGAAACAAGUGGGCUGCAUGUCACCGAGGAAGAGCCGUGAGAAUGAGCAGAGGGGAGAGACUGUUCCAACCCAGCAAAGUACACUGCCCAGCCCUGUCAUUUGUGCCAAAAACAUUUCCUUUACACCAAGUGGGGAAAGAGUCAUUCUCUGGACCAGGGAAGCUGACCGUGCCAUUUUAACUGCAUGUCAAAAGCAAGGAGCUACUAAGAACACUUUUCAGGCUGUCUCUGCCCAGCUGGGAAAUAAAUCAGCCAGUGAGGUUGCAAAGCGUUUUCGGGACCUUGUGCGCAUCUUCCACGCUGCUGCACAACCAACAAGUCCAGAAUGCCACAUGGGAAAUCCUGGAAAGCCUCCUGCUAACAAGCCAGACUAAAUCAACUCAAGGGUUUGAGCCUCAUCAAGCUACCGCCACAAUCUGCGACUGGUCUGAACUCUAGUGUUAGAUGAGGAUGCUGCUGAGCUGAAUUGAAAAGAAUCUUCAUAUUGUUCCUUUCUGAACCCUGUUGGACUCACUAUUGAUGAGGACUGCAGAAAUUGUAAAAUGUCUGUAAAAUAAAAGUUUUUAUAUAUGAACUGGAAUACUUACUAAAUGUCUUAUGGUAAUUUCAUUAUAAGUAUAGUAGUACAUUUACAUUUAUUUAGCAGAUGCUUUUCU